ACUCUACGUAAAUAUCCACAUCCAUCGUCAACCUGCAUCAGAAGAUUUAGACUCAAGGUGAAGCCAUGGAGUUAGGACCACUGCAGCCGAUCCUGUUGCUAUUAGAGGAUGGCGCCGCCAUGGACCGCAAGACACUGGACAUGACGCUAGCUCAAGCGCUGAGUGGCGAGGAGCUCACAGCAGCCGUUCGUGUGGCGUCCAUCGCUCAAUUAGACCAAAUUCUAGACCACGAGACGCUUUCUGACCUUCCGCUUAGCUUCCUGCUGCUUCUCUCGUCCAAGGCGUCGAAGCUGGAGCAUGUGCGUCACCAAGAAGAGAUGGACGAAACACGCACGAAGCUACUGCAACAGACAGCACAGCUUCUGCACCAGAUUCCCAUCGCUGUGGCCGCCAAAGAGCUCAAGAAACUGAGUGUGCUCUGUGACCAGUACGCACGGCUGGCUGUGGACAUGCAGCAGAGCAUCAAGACCAUUUUCCCGCUCAAGAGCUUCUUACAGCGCUUUUAUCAGCAAGGAAACGCUGUGUUGAUCCCUCUACACGCGCAAUUUCUGUAUUUGUGUCUGCAUUCCAAGUGUUAUUUCGCAGCUAUGGAGAUUCUAGACCAAUCGCUCGUGGAGAUCCACUCGCAGUCGCAUCUCGUCACGUCCGUCGACUUCUUGGGUUACGCGUACUAUGGAGGACUACUGUACCUCGGCGAGAAGAGAUAUCAAGACGCGAUGGACUUCUUUCAACUCGCUAUUACAGCGCCCGCUGUCUCGCUCAGUGCCUUUGUGAUUGAGGCGUACAAGAAGCUGCUACUGGUGACUCUUAUUCUCAAGGGUGAAAGUGUUUUACUGCCCAAGUACACGCCAUUCGUAGUCACGCGUCACGUGGAGAACCACUGCACAGCAUACGCAGAUCUGGCCAACGCUUUUGUCGUGGAAAAAGACUUGGCCGCGGUACAGGAGGUCGUCACGAAGCAUGAAGAUCUGUUUAUCCAGGAAGGAAACUUCGGUCUCGUCAAGCAGGUUGUGCAGGCUUUUAAGCAGCGGAAACUGCUUCAACUGAAGCGCACGUACGCUACAAUUGAGCUGACGGAGAUCGCCACAGCGGCAGGUAUGGCUAGCAGCGAUGCCGUGGCUGCAGAGAAGAUGCUGUUGACGCUGAUCUCGAACGGCCAGAUGGACGCCGUCAUCGACAAGCAGAAGGCCAUGGUGCGUUUCGUGCUGGAGAAUGAAGACGGAGGUGCAUAUCACGAUGAAGUGCAGGGCGAGGCGACCAAGAAACUGCAACAAGAGAUGGAGAAGCUCGUGCUGGUCGCGUCCCAACUACGUUACAUGGACGUGGAGCUCGUAACGAGUGCGAAAUUCCAGUCUCGCUUGCAGAAGGACAAGGAUCGACGCUCAAGGAUCAACAUGCACAACCAGCAGAGCGAGGAACGUAUGAUCGUGGAAGGGGCUAGCGGCAUGGACACGAUGGAGUAAGCGAACACUGGAGAAAGGUGGUCGAUAAUUGGUUUGCAACUUGGUUUUUGAGAUACAGAACUCUAUUGAUGUCUAGGUUAUUGCAUGACGAGUGCUAGCUGGAUCUUACGUUGACGUACUAACGACACAGGGUUCUUCAUGCGGAUCACUCGACAUAAUGCAGGAUUACCGGCGUUGAAGACACGAUAGAUACUGUACGUGGAGCCGUGGAUGGCAGCCUGGUCCAGCUCGUUCAUACUGAUCUCGAACACCCCCUUCUCCAUGGUACGUGUCGAUUUGACCUCGAUGUACUCCACCACUUUACCUGCAGACGACAGUGUGAGGUCGUACGGGAGACCAGACUCUUCCUUCUCGUUCACCCACUCGACAGUCCUCCUCGACUCACUAUCAGCGUGCUGCUGCUUGAGCUGAUUGAACACGUACUCCUCACCCCACCGACCAAUCGCUUCUCUUUCCUCCUUCGUCAUCGUGUUAGACAGUGACAUAGACUGCAUUCCAGACGACGGAGGCAGUGGGGGGUAAUACGGCGCUUGUUCUACGCCUCGGUUAACCGGAACUGGUGGGUAUGCUGGCCUCUGCAUGUCAUAGUUGCCAUGACCGUAGUUUGACGGUGGCAAUGGCGGGUAUGAGAGAUCCUGGGGUCCUUGGUAGUUUUGCUGGGGUUGAGUGUAUACCUUCUUCGCAGGAGCCUCCUCUGUAUCGAUCUCGCCAUCUUCCAUGUCUUCAACAGCGCGUUUGCGACUACAAGUAUCAAGUGAUGAAGACGUAGAGAUAUCGACGUUAUCCACUUGAAUCCACAGCUUGUCGGCUUCAGUUGCAGGUAGCGGGGGUAACAGUUGAGUCUCCACCAGCCAUUGUUCUCUCAUUACCGCGUUGGGUUGGAGUAAGCUGAGAUACAGCAGGUUGGCGACGUUGGAAGCUACUUGUACACCGAAGAGCUUCCGACAAAGCUCCAUCAACACCGAGGAGAGCGCACUCGUUUCUUCAUCUCCCGUCACAGACUGCAGGUACAAUGUACUCUUCGAUACAUCAAGGAAGCAACGAGACUGUGCGUCAACACCGCGACGAAGACUGAAGGAAUUCCCGACUCGAUACACCACCUGAAAGCCGUCGUGUCCGUCAACCAGCACACAUUGAAACUCAUUCGCCAACUUCGCUAUCGACUCGUUCUCCAGUUGAUCGUACAAGUGCCGGUGGUUGUGGAACAGGAAUCGCUGCGCCAACGCGAACGCAGUGUGAAUCUUCUCGUGGAGCGCCUCACUCGCAGGAUGCUUCGUGCAAAGCACACUGACUUCGUACUGCAAGUUCUCUUUCAGUGACUUCAUGCCACAAAACUCCACGAGGAACUUAUGCACAAGUGUCGCCUCGUUAUCGUCAUUCGAUACGAAGUAGCUCCAAGGGAACAGUCCAAGCACUUGGAGUUGUUCUUGUCCAGACUGCAGAUCAUCUUUGGUCAACUCCGUUUGAUCGUUGAUGUACAUGUCGGCACCUGACGUCCACUGGUUUUUAUCAAGCGUUGGGAAUACUUUCAAGUGCUGUACUCUCCGCUGGAACUCCGAUCCAUCUUUGUCAGCCAAAGAGAAGGCACUAGCCCAGAAUUUGAUCAAGAGCUGACUAAACUUCAGUAGCUUUUUCUUGCGUUUCAUGUCCAGCAAAGUCUUCGUGAAGCUUGCGAGUACCUUACUCCACGUGGUAGCAUGAGUCUCAAGGUGAGAAUAUACUGUUGAAAUCUUGGCAACACUGAGCAGCGCGUCCAGAUCAUCAUCGUCUGCAAGAGAUUCAAGCUGGACCACC